AUGCCAGACAUGAUUGCCUCCGAGAUCCUACUGGAAUCCGAAGGGAUUGAUUUGUUUGGUGAUCCUACCGCCGACCUCGAUUCCUUUGUAAUUCGGGGCAAGCUUCGGCUCUUCCUGGCUAAACCACGGCGAAUAGCCCGUAUCUACAUGAGAUUCACUGGACAGACACAAACUAAAAUUAUGGAUGACUUGGACGACCAAUACCCUACAGUUCAAGUAGCCGACUCUGGUCUCAAUGUUAUAGAAAAACCUACUCGCUUCACCGCUGGACUCACAGAUGUUCCGUUUGAGCUUUCAAUUCCUGGUGAUAUUCCGGCAAGCUGCUCGUUACCCCAAGGGCAAACGUCAUACACUCUCUCGGUAGAAAUUAUGCUCAGCAGCCCUCUUAAUAAGCUCAUGAAGCCCAUAUACAUUGAAAAGCCUAUCCUUGUUAGAAGAAGCUUUGUCACGGGUCUUGACUUAUUAGCUUACAUGCCUAGUUCCAGAUGCAGAGGCACAAGACGACAAAUGGCGGCGGAGUUUGAAGCGCCCAAGGUGGUAUGCCAGGAAAGUGGAUCGAUUGUAGUACAUGGGAAGGUGCUUGGUUGCUUUAACAAGAUUGUUGUGCGUCUCGAGCAAUUGACAGUCUACAGGUGA